AUGUGGGAGAGGUACAAUCAAGAAUAAUUUGUUGAAAAUUUGGUGAAACUGAAUAAAAUGAACGUUUAUUUUUAAAUAUAAAAAAAUAUUGAAUAAGAGAAACAUUUAUUUUUAAAUAUAAGAAAAUACUUUGUGCACUAUCUAAUUGUUAAUCUUCAUUCUAUAUUAAGAAAUGUUUUUUUUUAAACAGUCAUAUGACUGUUUGCAGUAGGAAUAUAAGUAUACAUGAAGUCUCGGUAGGUUUAGUGUUAAUAUAAUUUAGUAUUUAAUGAAAUUUAAUUAAUAACCUUUUGCGGUCGAGGACUUUUUCAACUAUAAUUCAGAUAUUAUGUACUGAAGAAUUAAAUAUAGGAUGUUGAAAAUAUUUUAUUAAGAGUUAAAUAUAGGAUGUUGAAAAUAGGAUUGAAAAAUAUUUUGUUUAAUGGAAUUUUAGAGUUUAUUGAAGAACAAUAAUUAUUAUUUGAGAAUACACAAAUAUGGUUUAAUUUUUGUAUUUUUUCAGAGUGUGAAAUUUCUUGAAGCAGUAUGUAUGCCAGGUUUACAAAGGCAGUAGAAUCAAGUUUCUCCUUUUUCUCCUUGAACUUUUCUUUUCUGUUUGAGCAUACUAUACAAUCUUUCUCUAUUAUCAGUACGAAUGAUAUGAUAUUUCCCAUCUAGACGUUGAUAUCUUUUUACUAAUGUCGUUAAUGCCUUUACUAAUGUCGUUAAUUGUUGCAAUUAAUGUAAACCAAGAAGCGAAGAAACAACGGUUUAUAAAGUUUAUGACGCAAUAGUAACAACAAUGAAUUAGGUGACAAAUUUAUUUUUGUUAAAUAAAUUUUUUAUCUGCAUCUGCUAUAUUUAUUUGUGACUGUCAUGCACACACAUACACACAGAUGCACAUUAGAAACAUAAUGAAAUUAAUUUAGAGUUUUUCUUCAAAUUUUGUUGCAAAUUUCUCACGUUUAUUAACGCAAGUUUUCAACUAAAAUUUUUGAUUAAUGUACGUUGCAUUUAUUUUUGAAUUUUCCUUCCAAUGAAACAAUUUCAAUUUGAUUCUGAAAAUAUGAUUUUCAGAAAAGAUCAAAUUUGACAGUGAAUGUGAAUUUAUAUAUACUUUCCAACAAUGUUAUUUUGCAAUGAGCUGGAAGUAAUUUUUUGUUCUUAGUGAUACAAUGUGUCUACAGAUUCAUUACUAAAUAAAACAGAUAACAGAAGACACCAAAAGUGAUAUCAUCAUUACAGAUACAUAAUUGUGUUCAUCGUUCAAAGAAAAUUACAGAUAAUGGUUUAGACCUUGUUUAAGACCCAACAGUGAAAAGUGGAGGUUGUUCUGGUUUUCAAUAUAAAUUUGACUUGGAUACAAAUAUAAAUGCAAAUGGUAACCAAGUGUCAUAAAAGUAAUUCAAAUAUUUAUGCAACUAUAAUAUUGAAAGAUAAUUAAAUACAAUGAUAUGAUAUAGUCCAGAGUAUUUCAAAAAGAUGGUGCAAAUGAUAGUGGUUAUAGAUACAGCAUCUUUAGAAUAUAUUAAAGACUCAACAAUAGAAUAUCAUACAUAA